UCCCCCAUUGAAACCUCUUCUUCUUCUCUUUCCGUAAUAAACGAAAAAGCUCAAUCGCAACAGUAUUCUACUCCGACUCCGCACCUGUCACUCACGCUGCCUCCGUGACCUCGCUCCCUCUGCCCCUAUAUACUCCGGUCGCCGAUUACUCGACAUCAUUGUUGUUUCUUCCUCCUUCCGCCGAUCGAUCGUCCCUCUAUAUCAUAUCGUCCAAGUCAGGUCUCCGCGCCGCCGCGCUGGGUGGGGACGUAUCGAAACGAUGGAGGACUUCGUGCUGAGCUACGUGGUGACCGGGCUGGCCUUCUGGUCGACGGCGUUCUUGGUGAUGCGGGCGCUGAUGCCGAAGCGGUCCUACGAGUUCUGCAACCGCGCCGUCUCCACCAUGCACGCCGUCGCCGCCGUCUGCAUGGCCUGCCUCUCCGUCCAGGAGUGGUCCUGCCCCGUCUGCCCCCUCAACGCCCCCUCCUCGCCGCGCCAGAUGAAGUCUCUGGCAGUGACGCUCUCGUACAUGAUCUACGACGCGGCGUGCUGCCACCUCAACGGCGACGUGCGGCUCGACAACACCGUGCACCACCUGGUGAGCAUCGUCGGCAUCGGCGCCGGCCUCGCCUACCAGAGGUGCGGCACGGAGAUGAUGGCGUGCAUGUUCAUCACGGAGAUCUCCAGCCCGCUGCUGCACCUCAGGGAGAUGCUCAAGGAGCUCGGCGUCAAGGACACGGACCUCAACCUCCUCGUCGAUAUUCUGUUUGCGGCGACCUUUUCGGUGGGACGGAUGGUUGGUGGACCGUACCUCACCUACGUCACCUUGACAACAGACUACCCCAUCCUCAUCAAGGCGAUGGCUGCGGGUUUGCAACUGGUGAGCGCCUACUGGUUCUUGAGGAUCCUCAGGAUGGUCAGGUACAAGCUCGGGAAGAAGAGGCCGGCGGCGGCGGCCAAGGUCACUGCCAAGUGACCGAUCCAUGUACAUACAUAUCUUGCUUGCAACCUUGAGCAAAUUACUUGCUUUCUGGCGGGAGAGAUCGAUCGAUCGUCCGUAUGUACAAACCCGCCGUGUUUGCGCGAUUCUGGCUAAGUAAAAAGGAUUAUUCAUGUAGCAUAUUAAUUGUUCCACAGGCAAGCAUCUUCCCAACAAAGGAUGCAUAUAUACAUACUGUACGUAGCAAUUCAAUUUGACUCUUGUGCAGAAACACUUUCCGAUCACUACCGCUUGUCUCCUGGCUGUUGUAGAGGAUUUUAAGCUUCUGUUCUUGCUGCUUAUACAGUUGUUAGAUUGGAUCA